GACAGCGAAAUGGUGUAACGGAUUAAGGGAACUCCUUGAGCGAACUAGCAAGUAGCCUGUUAUAACAAUUAACUGCAAAUAAAUCCAUCGUCAUUUUUAAACGUUACAUAUAUAUAUACAUAUAUAUAUACAGAGACUCGCCGUAUCCAGACAUGCUCGAAAGUGAAUGAUAAGAAUUAGGUUACACAUCCCGAACCAGCUAGCUACAAUGGUUAAUGUCGUUAACCAGAAUUUCCAUUCACAGCUUCGUUCCGUUGUCGACAAAUUGGCGAUCACGGCUGUAAAAGAAAUUUCAAAACUUGUAGAUGAUGGAUUUGCGAUCUUGCAUGUGGAAAUUUCACGAAGCCACAGAGAAAACGAAGCACUAAAAUGCAAAAUACAGACGAUGGAGCUUCAGAUGGCGCGAGGACGUAUGGAGGAGUCGGGAAUGCGAGAACAGCUCGCCAUGUGUCGUCGCAGUGAGUUGGUGACAGCGACUGCAAAUCUAUAAAUUUCCUAACAGAAUCCAGGUAAAACCACAAAUGGCGUCUUUGCAGAAUGUAUGGACGUGCCAAAGAUGGACGCAGGAUCCCCAUCUAGGCACGAUAACACUCCCGCGCCAUCAACUGAUAUAAGGGCAGAGUGUGCAGACACGGAGGAGGGAAGGACUGAAUGGGUUCUUAUAAAGGAGGAGAGUGUGGAAGAGGACAGAGACCCACAGGGAGAGAUGAACUCCAGGGAGGAGAGAGCUGUGGAGUGGAGGGCAGGCAGCAGGGAAAAGCGUCCCGUUCAGGAAACGCAGAAUAAAGCAGCGAAUCACACAGAGGAGCUCACUGAACAGCACAGGACCAGACGCGGUGUUUGGGAAGUCAGUGGACUGGAAUCUGCACUUAAAACAGAGCCAGAGAGUGCCAAGACCCUUCAGCACACAGGAUGUGAGCAGAGCACAGGAAGACUCCACAGUUCCUGUCCUGCGUACUUAACGUGUGAGAGAACUAGUCAACUGAGGAUUUUCUGUUCACAGGGGGCUGGAGAAACAGAGGCUGAUGUUGCCUCCUGCUCUUAUGCUACAGAAAGCAGCUCUGAGAGCCUGUCCAUUCACUCAGGGCUGCAGUCACUUCCUCCCCCAGGGAAAGGUGCUGGCAGUAAUGUGUCAUUGGGGCCUCUUGAUGUGAAACCAGAGGCUGUAAUGAUAGACUCUGCACCGUGUGAAGUACAGGCUGAGAUGCACUCUGCAUGGAAUAGAGAAACAAUUUCAGAAAAUGUUGUGUCUCAGCACAGACAUUACAGUGAAGAGAGAGAGAGAAUGGAAGUCAUCCCUGGCAAUAUUGACAUGUGUCCCUCAUAUACACAAAUGUCAGUGAGAGAGAGCACUGAAGCAACACACAUCCUGGCAUCUGACAUAAACCCACACAUGCCCUUUGAUGAUGAAAUAUCGCCAGCAAAGGGCAUCAGUACACACAGAGUUGGCAGAAGGGAGAAACUGUUCAUUUGUACAUACUGUGGCAAGGCUUUCAAUCGUCCAAAAAAGGUAGAAAUACACCAGAGAGUCCACACGGGAGAGAAACCAUACAGAUGCACACUGUGUCAACAGAAAUUUUCAUGUUCGGGUAGUCUAAAUAGACAUUACAGAGUUCACACAGGAGAAAAGCCAUUUAGAUGCACAUAUUGUGGGAAGUGUUUUUCUGAGUCGGGUAAUCUUACAAAACAUCAGAGGAUUCACAGUGGAGAGAGAGCAUUCAGAUGACCAUCUUGUGGGAAGAAGUUUACCAUAGUGCAAAACCUUCAACACAAUGAGCAGAGAGUCCAGAGAGUUGUGUUUAGUGUAUGAUGAGUUUCUUCAGUAAAAUCAAAUCAUUUAAGGUGGGAAAUGGCUUGUGGUAUAAAUGGAUGGGCCCACUUUCUAGAAUCUGUUAAGACGCUGUUCCAGUGUGUGGGUGGGCCCCAUGGUCUGGUAUCUGUGAACGCUCUGUUCCAGUGUGGGGAUGGGCCCCAUGGUCUGGUAUCUGUUCAGGCUCUGUUUCAGUGUGUGGAUGGGCCCCAUGGUCUGGUGUCUGUUAAGGCUCUGUUCCAGUGUGUGGAUGGGCCCCAUGGUCUGGUAUCUGUUAAGGCUCUGCUCCAGUGUGUGGAUGGGCCCCAUGGUCUGCUAUCUCCUACAGUGCAGAGUGAUGUAUAAUUGGUGCUAUAGUUGCUUGUGUGUGGAGGGCUUCAGGCAGAAUGUCUCAGUGUGCACCAGUGACCCCUGCUGGUCGAUCAGGUUCAGCGCUUCCCUCCUGACCUUGCAACGGCCGGACGCCGUGUUGGAGUCGGCUGGCACAAUAAAUGCAGGCUGCCGCGCUAAUGAAGAGUCCUGCUGAAGUCAAUUUCAUUUUAUUUAUUUUGUGCUUUCUACAAAGACACUGCCCUGCCCUCUGAACUCCAGACUCUACAUCCCUUCAUAUGGACUAGUCAUUUACCUACUACUGGGGGGCGACAUUAGCUCAGGCGGUCCCACCCUGGGUGUGUCGAAGUGUCCCUCAGCAAGAAAACUAAAAAACACCUUAAGGGUAUUUCUCCCCAUAAGUUAGUAGUUUACCUUGUGCAAUUUGGGGGCUUUGGGCUGAUAUUUCCCCUUUUUCUUCCAUUUUGUAGUCUGUCGAUCAACUUUCGGACAGUCUUCUGUGAAAAGUGCGAUACAAAUAAAAUUGAAUUGAAUUGAAAGACACUGUACAGUGGAGAAUACAAAAGAAAAUUGGGCAAAAUACCAGGUCUGAACCAACAGAAAGUGAGAAAUUGAGGUGAAACUCCCCAGUGGGAAGAAAUCUCAAUUGGAACCUGGCCAUAGGGAGCUCCUCAUCCUCUGCUGGCUGGCCCAGUGUUAUGAUUAACAUGAAAUAUUAGAGUCCAGUUGAGCUGUGUAGGAAGGAACACAGUGCUGCCCAGAUGUGGCAAUUAGGCUAAAUGGUAAACCGACUACAUUUAUAUAGCGCCUUUAUCCAGAGCGAUAAACAAUUGAUGCCUCUUAUUCACCUGUUCACACACACACACACACACACACACACACACACACACACCAGUCAAGGCACUGACCAGCUCGUCAGGGGCAGUUCGGUUAUCACAGGGCUUACACUGCCAUGACAGCCCAUGUUCCUCCACGGGGAGAGGCAGCAGUGAUGCACACUGUGCGGACAGCAGUUUUCUCAUUUAAACAACCUUAACAGGCCUCACACAGGGGAGAAAUCAAGGGGAUACACAUUUUUUUGGAGGUGCUGCUGAGUCAGGUCGUCUUAAAAAAACCUAUAAGGAGACCAUUGAGAUGUACAUCUCAUAUGAAGUCUACUUUAAUACAGACAUUUUAAAAGCACCAGCUGAGACCAUACGCCUGUGCUUCAUGCAAGAGAAGUUUAAGGAUAAAUCAAGUGAGGGAGUAAUCUGCCGUGUGUUUUUAUCCAUUAUACACAUAUAGACUGUGGUUUAUUUUGUUUUUGUAAUUGAACAAUAAAUGU